CUUCAGCACUUUAGAAGAACUUAAUAAUAUUUUCUUUCAUGAAAAUGUCGUUUGGCAAGGAAGUGUUCCUCCUAAUUCUAUGUUGUUUUUCCUUGAUCUGUUUUAGUUCCUCAAUGCGGAGGCAUUACAAAUUUGUUGUCGAGGAAGCCCUGUAUACAAGACUCUGUUCAACAAAAAGCAUAUUGACAGUGAAUGGAGAAUUCCCAGGGCCAACUAUUAGAGUCCACAAGGGUGAUACAGUCUAUGUCAAUGUUCAUAACAAGGGCAAACACAACAUCACUUUACACUGGCAUGGAGUGAAGCAGCCAAGGAAUCCAUGGACAGAUGGUCCUCAAUACAUCACACAGUGUCCUAUUCAACCAGGAGGGAAAUUCAGGCAGAAGAUUAUUUUUUCAUCAGAGGAAGGGACCUUGUGGUGGCAUGCUCAUAGUGAUUGGAUAAGAGCAACUGUUCAUGGGGCUAUCAUUAUCUAUCCAAGAAGGCAUAGUAACUACCCUUUCCCCCAACCUGAUGCAGAGGUGCCCAUCAUAUUUGGAGAGUGGUGGAAGAAUGAUGUGAACAAGGUCUACAGAGAAUCUGUUGAAACUGGAGGAGACCCAAAUGUAUCUGAUGCCAUCACUAUAAAUGGUCAACCAGGGGAUCUGUACCCUUGCUCAAAAUCAGAAACAUUCAAGUUGAAUGUAGACCAAGGCAACUUAUAUCUUCUCCGCAUCAUCAAUGCCGCAAUGAACCUUAUUCUCUUUUUCUCCGUUUCCAAACACAAACUCACUGUCAUCGGUGCCGAUGCCGCGUACACCAAACCAAUUACAAAUGAUUAUAUCUGCAUAUCUCCAGGACAAACAAUGGAUGUAUUGUUGUAUGCCAAUCAAGAACCUAAUGACUACUACAUGGCUGCUAGGGCAUAUUCAAGUGGAUUUAGAGUCCCCUUCACUAACUCCACAGCCACUGCUAGAAUUCAAUAUUCUGAAAAUUAUUACUACACUCCACCAUCAACAUCAUCAUGUCCUCCAUUACCUUAUCUUCCCAACUACAAUGACACACGGGCAGCUUUCAACUUCAUUACCAGCAUUAGAGGGUUACCUCAUGAAAACGCUCAUGAAGUCCCCAAAAUUAUCACCACUCACAUAGUGACCACUGUUUCUGUCAACACCUUUCCUUGUCCUAGAGGCAAAUCAUGCAUGGGUCCAAAUGGAAAUAUUUUCGCUGCAAGCAUGAACAACAUAAGUUUUAAAACCCCUAGCUAUGACAUACUAGAAGCCUAUUACUACCAUAUCCAUGGGGUGUUCAGAAAGGGGUUUCCCAAGUUUCCUCCAUUCGUGUUUAACUUCAUUGCAGAUUCUUUGCCUGUGACGCUGAACACGCCGAAGCGUGGGACUAAAGUUGUUGUUGUGAAGUAUGGUGCAACUGUGGAAGUUGUUUUCCAAGGGACAAAUUUGCUUUCAGGGCUUGACCAUCCUAUGCAUCUCCAUGGAUUUAGUUUCCAUGUUGUUGGAUAUGGAUUUGGCAAUUUCAAUAAAAGGAAGAGCCCCAUGUAUUACAAUCUCAUUGAUCCUCCCCUUCUCAAUACAGUGAUUGUACCUAAAAAUGGCUGGGCUGCCAUAAGGUUCGUGGCCGACAACCCAGGAGUGUGGUUCAUGCACUGCCAUCUUGAACGGCACCUCUCUUGGGGAAUGGAGACAGUGUUUAUUGUGAAGAAUGGAAAAUCCUCACAUGCAAAGUUACUACCUCCACCACCAGAUAUGCCUCCAUGUUGAUCACUAUUCUGGACUAUAUAUCCCUUGUAUGGUUAUAAACCUAAAAUAAAUUGAAAAGAAGUUACACGAUUAUUUUAUACUUUAUGCUUCAAGAAAGAAUCAAGUCAUGGCAUGUAUUUUAGGUUGAAAAAAAGUUGUGAUUUACAGAAUCAAAAGACUCCUUUAGUAAUUAUUUCUAUCUCACUUCUACC